CCUAAGGCUUCAAUAGUUCCUCCAAAGCUUCCAACAAUUGGGAAGGAAUUAUGAGUGCAAGUUUGGUAUUUUACUUUCCAAUAAGAAAGAUUCUUAGUUCAAUUAUACCAUCUCUCUAAAUUCUGGUAUCCCAACAGCAUUCUUCAUUUUUUUAAUUUUCAAUUUUCAAAUUCAACUUUUUUUCUUUUUUUUUUUUUGAGUUCAUAACUCUAAUGCUUUAGAAGCAGGAAAGGUAGAGAUACCAAAACCAUCUCUUUCAAAUUCAAGUUUGUAAUUCUUCAAACCAAAAAUCUCAAUUCAAAAGCCCACUCAAAUUAACUCUCAAUUUUCAAAACAAUAUUUCAAUCUCCACCGCCGGAUGUGGACCGCCCCCGCCCAAUGCCACCCAAACUAAUCUCCGACGCAAAGCGCCACACUCAUCCCCUCGUUUGGCUCGCUGCCUUACUCUGCACCGUUGUUUCAAUUGCCGUCAUCAUCGGAGGCAUCGUCGUCUUCAUCGGUUACCUAGUCAUCCACCCUAGGAUUCCCACCAUCUCCAUUCUCGACGCUCAUCUCGACAACUUCCAAAUUGACAUCGCCGGCCGCCUCGAAGUUCAGUUAACGAUCAUCAUUGAAGCGAAGAAUGAUAACGCGAAAGCUCAUGCCAGUUUCUCGGAUUCGAGUUUCUUCCUCCAUUUCUUAGGGAUCAAGAUCGCACAACUUGUGGCGGAUCCAUUCGAAGUGAGGAAGAACAGUUCAAUGAAAUUCCCUUACGCUGUUGUUUCGAAUUCAAUUCCUCUGAAUCCAGAGCAAAUGGAGAGCGUUGAUUCUGAUUUGAAGGCAGAUCUGAGUCGAUUUGAUUUGAUAGGGAAUACGAGAGUUCAAUGGCGAGUUGGAUUGCUUGGAUCUGUGAAGUAUGAAUGUCAUCUUCAUUGUGGGCUUAAAUUUCAUCCUUCUAAUGGAACUUAUUUGAGUUCUCCAUGCAGUUCCAGAGUUAAAUGAUUUCUUCUCUGUUCUUUAGAACCAUUUUUUUUUCUUCUUCUUCUUCUUCUUAAACCAAUUUCGAUUAGUGAAAAUAAAAUUUGAAAUCCUUAAAUUAUUUCAUCACAAUUUUUUUCCCUUUCUGUAUUACACAACUCUUCCAUGAGAUAUAACAACUUCUUUUCAUUCUCAUUACA